AUGCUCGCAAAAGCAGCCCUCCCCACCCUCUUCUUCACCCUUGCAGCCUUCAUCCUCCUCCUCCUCGUCACCCUCUCCGUCCCCAUCAUCAAGAGCAUAUACCUCCUCCGCAUCAACGGGAGCAUCAGUCUCGGCCUCGCAAGCGGGAAGGCCUCUGUCGAUGCCGGUGUACUGGGUCUCUGUUACACUGGCGCUGAAGCUAGCAUCCUGGGUGUGAGCGUACACGAUGAUGGCAGCUGCAACAGUCCAGAGCUUGGCUAUUCUGUCUUUGACAAUCCCAUUAUUGCCAUUAUCAUUGACAACAACUCGGACUUGUCCCACACCACCCUCAAAAACCUCACCAAAGCCCUGGUACUCAACCCGAUAGCAUGUGGCCUGGCGGGAUUGGCGCUCUUCACAGCACUGUUUGCUUGGCUCUGUGCAAGCAGGGUAUUUGAGAUCAUAACCUUCUUCACCGUCUGUCUCGCCUCUCUCAUCGCAUGGCUCGCAUUUGCCCUCGACCUCGCCAUCCCCCUCGUCGCCCGGCACAAAAUCAACGACGAUGACGACUCCAUCCUCUCUGCCUCUCUCGGGAACGCCAUGUGGCUCGCGCUCGUCGGCGCUAUAUUGUUGACUCUGUCGAUCUGUUUGGCGGGAUGUGGUGUGUUUGGGAGGUACAGCUCGAGGAGGAGGAACGCCGAUGCGGAGUAUGUGGAGAAGCCUGGGUUCCAGCCCAAGCGUCGAUUCUGGCAGCGAGCUCCUUCGGCAGGGCGAGGUACUUAUUAGGAGACGGGUGGCAAUUGACAUUAUCAUAUAGACUUUCGUAAGGUUUCCCAGAGAGGACACUACCUGUAGCAUAGAUGGACGUUGGUCGCCGGCUUGUAUAUUACUUCCAUUUUUAGUGAACUAAAUGAAGAAAAUGGAUCACGUUAGGCCUGCAAAGGGAAG